UCUGCUGUGACGCUGGAGGGCUGGAGGGCUGGUCCAUGGAGCAGGAUAAUGAAGCGUCCCAGUCGCUCAGUGGGAGUGGGCGAGCUGGGAUAGGCUGGGAGUUUGGUUGGAGACGUCAAACGGGACGGGAAACCAACAAGAAACCGACCGACUAGUAACUUCUGGCUUUCUGAGCAGGCUGAAUGUUGGACAGGAAAUCUGACGUAGACAGCUUUUUACUGAGGGGGGAAAAGAAAAGAAGCAUUUGUUGCAUUCAGAGGUCACAGACGGAGCUGAUCGGAUGACAAAAAAGAAGCGAAACUUUCUCUUUUGAUCGCUCGUAAAAAACCCUCCAACCGGGAUUUUCUGUUUUUCUUUUCUUUGUAACGGAGGCGCAGAGAGAGAGAGAAGAGGACACCAUGCCACGGCGCACAGUGCUAGAAGUAACAGUGCAAGAUGUCCAGAAACGGAGGAAUCCAAACAAACACUACGUUUACAUCAUCAAAGUGUCCUGGAGCGAUGGCAGCACAGAAAGCAUUUACAGACGCUACAGCAAGUUCUUUGACCUCCAGAUGGAAUUGCUGGACAAAUUCCCGGUGGAAGGAGGCCAGAAAGACCCUAAGCGCAGGAUCAUUCCAUUCCUACCAGGGAAGAUCCUGUUUAGGAGGAGCCAUAUCAGAGAUGUGGCCAUGAAAAGACUAAGGCCCAUCAACGAAUACUGCAGGGCUCUCAUUCAGCUGCCAGUCUACAUCUCCCAGUGCGAGGAGGUCAGAGUGUUUUUUGAGACCAGACCCGAAGACCUCAACCCACCAAAGGAGGAACCCAUUGGAAAGAAGAAAUCAGGGAUUGUGGACAGAGCGACUACUUUCCUAAAGCGAGGAGAUUCCAGCUCAGCGGACCCGCUCCUCCUCGACCAGUAUGUGGCAGUAACAGACUAUGAGAAGCAGGAGAGCUCCGAGGUCAGCCUGCAUGUGGGUCAGGUGGUGGAGGUCAUUGAGAAAAAUGAGUCUGGGUGGUGGUUUAUCAGCUCAGACGAUGCCCAGGGCUGGGUCCCUGCCACCUGCCUUGAGGCGCAGGAUGACCCCGAUGACUUCAGUCUUCCAGGGGAAGAAGUGCCUCGGAGGUUCUGGUCACUGCCAAGGCACGUGGGUCGUCGCAGAACUUUAGGGGAUCUAUUCAGCACAGGCUUUGGGCAAGAUGAGAAGUAUUCAGUGAUUUACCAGUACGCGGCCAGGGAUGAUGAUGAGAUCGACCUGGAGAGAGGCAUGAUUGUAGAGGUGAUUCAGAAGAACCUGGAGGGCUGGUGGAAGAUCAGGUACCAGGGCCGUGAGGGCUGGGCCCCGGCCUCCUACCUGAAGAAGACCGACAUCCAGGGCCAGAAGCAGUCAGCAGGCGCUGCUGCUCAUGCCAGUACCAAUGACCUAGAUGGGUUUUCUAAACAGAACCACCAAAACAAUGCAGCCAAAGAGAACCGAGACAACAGCCAAAAAGAAAACAGACUCUCAUUUUUCUCUGACAACAAAAAAGUGGGAUUAAGACACAGACCUCCUCCACGCAGAGAUCUAACCAUUCCACGUGGUGCAAACCUACCCAAACCACCUGUUGCUCCUCAGGUUGAGGAGGAGUUCUACACCAUAGCAGACUUCCAGACCACCAUCCCCGAUGGUAUUAGCUUCCAAGCCGGAGUCAAAGUUGAGGUGAUUGAGAAGAAUAAUGGUGGUUGGUGGUACAUCCAGAUGGACGACAAAGAGGGCUGGGCCCCUGCCACCUUUAUUGACAAGUACAAGAAGACCAGUAACGCCCUGCGACCUAACUUCCUUGCCCCUCUGCCCAAUGAGAUGGAGAAGCUGAGACUGGAAGAUGGUGGACCUUCAAAUGUUUCCGGGUCAGAUGACAGCUGGUCCAAACCUUUACCAGAUGAGCCAACCACAGCCCCUGACUCCCGGCCCAAGCUGAGAGAUUGGAAGUCCGCUGCCAACAAGGGACCCGCUACCUUCACUGCGCCUUUACCUCCAGCCCCAUCUGCCCCUCCAGUCGAGGAGAAACCAGCUCUGCCACCUCGAAGGGAGUCCAUUAAUAAGAGCUUUGAACUGGAGGUAUCAGAGAAACCGAGGCCUGAUCAUUCCAAACCUUUGCCUCCAAAACCCCCAGCUCCUGGGGUCAUCAUGCCGCUGGUUCCACCCAAAGCAGCCCCCUUCAAACUGGACAAACCACCAGAGCCAAAGAAAGAAGAUAAGAGCAAAGCUCUUCACCUUCGGAACGAGAUGGGUAUUGAAUGUGGCCACAAGAUCUCUGCCAAAGAGGUGAAGAAGUUUAAUCUGAAGCCCGUACCUAAACAGCCACCAAAACCAAAACCAGAAGCGCAGGAGGAGAAACCAGAGGCGGCCGGCCCAGCGGUGUUUAUGAAGCCGAAGCCGGUGCUCCGACCUAAACCUGUUCCAGCUGCCAAGCCAGAUCCUCCGGCAGAGAACAAACUAGACAUCACCAACCUGAGAAGCAAGCUGAGGCCGUCAAAACCUGCGGAUCCCAGCUCUGCGUCAGCUGAGGCGAACCAUCAGAAUGACACCUCGGCAUCAUUAAAUAGUUCCCAUCCCAGUGCACCCUCCAGCUCUCCCCCCAUGCAUAUCCCUACUCUCAACAAUGGUAAGCACUGCGACGAGCCAAAACUCCCCCCAAAACACAUUAAUGGCCAUAGCCAGGAGAGCUCAUCAACCCCUGCAAAACCAGCAGUGCCCCCCCAUAAAGAACCCCCACAGAGACCCCCCGCCAUGGCUCCAAGGAGACCUCCACCUCCAAAGAAGACCGACCCAUCCAGCCCGACCGAGCUCAAACCGCCACCUCCUCUAAGAGAAAUCCAGGACCCUCCCAAGGGCCCGGCACCCCAACUCAGCAGACCCCCUCCCCCGAAACCCAAAGGGUUUGUUCCAACACCUCCAAACAAAGAAAAAGAAGAGCCCAAAAUUAAUAAAGUCCCGGUUCCUCCCAAGCCUCAGUUGAAGAGCGAGAAGCCCGGCCCGCCCAGGGACAAGCUUCCACCUUUACUCAUGGAGCCCAGUAAGGAUGAAGUGUAUCUUGCGGUGGCGGACUUUGAAGGGGAUGACCAAACAUCCAGCUUCAAAGUGGGUACGGUGUUUGAGGUGAUGGAGAAAAACAGCAGCGGCUGGUGGUUCUGUAAGAAAGCAGGACAAGAUGCUGAGAGCUGGAUUCCUUCGAAUUACCUGAGCAAGAAACCUUAGUGUGAAUGUGCUCUCAAAACCGUCGCCAUAUGAAUAAGUAAACAAACUAAUGAUUUAAAUGAACAAAAUAUCACUACUUUGUAGCUAAUUAGCAUUUUUUUUUUGUUUUUAUUUAUAGGUACCUUUUUUUUAAGUGACACAUUUUUGUUAUGUUGCAUUUUGAUAAGAAUAUUCUACCUAAACUGAACCAGCAAUAACACAUGACCUUGUUGGGUCUUGUGAUGUUUACGUUUUUUUUUUUUUUUUUUAUCUCAAUUUUACAUGAAAAAAAGUUCUUUGCUUUCGUUGCCAUAUGCUACGUGUGUCAGUCUUGCCAUUACUUAGGCUAGACGCUAGAACAGCAGUAAAUGUAUCUCCACCCAUGCCUUCUAUGAUAUGGUGCCUCUAUAUUAUAUGCAAAGUGCUUCAGUGCUUAAUAUACUGUAUGCAACUGUAGAUAUAGUCCUUGUUAGAAUCUGGAAAAACCUUUAAAUAAAAAUCCAAACUCUACAUCACAGGAGAAAAAUGUUCAUAUCCAGCAGUAGACAAAAAAAAAAUCCCAAAUCCCUUAGACAAAGACUGCACAUGAACUCACCGGGGGAGUUCAAUGACUACAUCU